AUGUACAAUAACUUUCUUCGUCAACUUAUCUCUGGUAAAUGUCAAUUAACUUCUCUUCGAUUUAAUAUUCCUUAUAAUUAUUCUUCUAUUGAUAUUCAAUGUUUAUCAUUAUUUUCUGAUUUUUGUUCUCAUUCAAUGUUCAAUACAGCUCAAUAUUGUUGUAUGACUCUUCGUUAUUUACAUAUUCAUCUUAAUUUGACAUGUUUUCUUGAACAACUUAUUGAACGUGUACCCAAUCUUGAACGAUUGUCAGUUUAUCUGCCGGUAUUAUGGGACAAAGAUUCACCAUCGGGGCCGCCCAUUAAAAGAUUUGUACAAUCAAAUGAGGCUUGGUCUAAUAAAACAUCUGAUGAACUAUUGAAAAACGCAUUAAAGAAUGUUAGAUACGCGGAAUUUUGUCUUACUAGUUGUCAUUUUGGCUCAAACCAAUCGAUUGGUAUUGGAAACUUUCUUGUACUUGUUCUUAGUAAUUAUAUGCCUCAUUUACAAACAUUGCGUCUUUGGAGACCAGAUGAUUUUCCUUGGACAACUAAUAAACAUGUAACUGUUUUCGAACAAGAUCUUUGCCAAUUAGUUACAGAAUUAAAACAAUUUGUUUUUCUGGAUAUUUAUAGUGAUACAGAUUCUGAAAAAGUCGAACCUUAUCGCUCAAUGGUCCAGAAACGUUUUCCUAAUAGUCAACUUUGUAUUGACAAAUUAAGAUUUCGUCUUUGGAUAUGA